AUUCCUUUUUAAUUUCUAUUUACAUCAUUUUGUCAAAAAUAUUGUCUUGACGUGUUACCUAUAAUAUUCUAUGCCUAAUAUGUUCACUGAAUUGGAGCAUUUGCUAAAGUUUAUUAGUCUCCACCAAUAAAAACUGAUUAGCUUGAUAAAUGACAGGGUAUAUUGAAAAUCCUCGCCAAGAAUUUUCUUAUUCAGUGCAUAAGAAGUAAUGCAAGCUACAACUUUGGUUUUCCUAUUGUUAAACUUCUUUGGGAAGUCUGUUGCCAAUGAAGGGAAUUUCAAGAAAGAAUACCAAUUAUUGUACGUCUUAGAGACAGACAAUGUUACCGAGAUUAUUAAAAGUAUAUUCAUUGGAUAUGAUAAAAACCAAAGACCUUACCAUAAAGUUAAGCCAUUGAAUAUUGCAGUUUCAUUAGGAGUUAACUCUGUAAGCCAUAUUUCUGAAGAAAACAUGGAGUUCCAAGCAGAUGUAUAUUUUCGGCAAUAUUGGCAUGAGCCAAGGUUAGCAUACGGAAAGGACAACACAUCAAUCAUCCUUCAAGGUGAUGCUAUCGACAAAAUGUGGCUCCCAGACACCUAUAUUGCCAAUGCAAGAACAUCAUCUGUGGAAAAAAGAACCAGGACUGCAAUUCUAACUGCAAAUGGUUCUAUCUUUUACACGUUCAAGUCAACGUAUAUUGUAUUGUCGGAAAUGAACUUCCUGAAUUACCCAAUGGACGAACAGAUACUUAAAGUACAAAUCUACAGCUAUGCCUAUGAUUCUGACAAAAUACUAUUGGAAUGGAAAAGUGGGUUGUUUCUGAACACAGAACUGGCAGGAUUCAUAAGCGAGCAAGUUAUCAUGAAUGAAGAGAAAUAUAAAUUUAUCACAGGCACCUUCAGCUCCCUUUCUUUCCAGUUCAAGAUCCGUCGUCGGCUUGGCUACUUCAUUUUGCAAUUCUACUUCCCCUGUAUUCUAUGCGCGGUUGUAUCAUGGCUGCCAUUCUGGAUGGAUCGUUACGAAAUUGGUGACCGUAUGUCCCUGGGUAUCACUACCUUGUUAACAGCAAUGUUCUUGUCCCAGUACAUCAAUAGUGCCAUGCCUCAAGUCAGUUACAUCAAAGCUGCUGAUGAGUUUCUCUUGGCUUCGUUUAUAUUUAUUUUGUUGGCUUUGAUGGAGAGUGUCCUAGUCUAUAAUGUACGAGGGGACGUAAGAACCAAGAACAUGAAACAGAGACAAAUGUCUAGGCGUGAAGAUAAACGACAGGAAAUAUUCGUAAAGGAAGACUGUCCCUAUACUAUCACAGACGUUUUCCAAGAAGGAUUCAAAAUGACAGAUGUGCAACCAGAGAAGACCCAAAAUCAUUCUGACCAGCAGCCCAAAAUUGUGCAGUCAAAAGCACGUGAUUUAGGUCAUGGUGUCGACAAGCUGUCACGCAUUAUAUUUCCAACCAGCUAUGUCCUUUUCGUGGCAUACUACUUCGGACGAUACUUGCUUUUUUAAUAAACUCAUUAAAACGGAUCAACGGCUUUCAUAACACGACAUGCUAAACAUCCUCAGUAAUUUUCAAUAAACUCGUUUAAAACUGUAAAAAAUAGUAAUAAUAUACAAAUAUGUAGUCAGUUUACUUAACUAUAUAUAACUAAAAAUAUCUUCAGAUUUUACGCGAAAAACAAAACUGUAGUAAAACUAUAUACAAAUAUCUAGCUAUUUUACUUGGAAAGUUUCUUUAAAAGAAACACUAUCUUCUAAUUCUCUCGAUUUUUAAAUAUAUUUAAUUUAUCUAACUGUUUUACUUGUGUUUUUUUAUUUAUUUAUUAUUAUUUAUAGAUUAUUUAUUGUCUUGUUGACUAGUUUACUUUUCAAAAGUAAUAUAUAUACUACACGCUAAAAUAGUAUAUACAACUAUUUGCCUUUUUGGGCGCAAGAAAAGCACAAUUUCGACAUGGGCUCAGUGAUUAUGAAAUGUUG